AUGGCAACUGCUUCAGCAUCUCGCCCGGCCCCAGGCCGCCAGAGGACCGGAAGCAGCUUGAAAUCUGGCUUCCCUGGGUGUCUUGCUGGGAGCACUGGGCCUGGCCUCCAGCCAGACCCACGAGAUCUCACCCGGCUUUUCCCAGCCCAGGAGAGUCGCCGCGAGGCGCGGGAGUCCCAGGGACGGGAGGGUACACUGGGGACCUUCGUGCCCGCCUUCUCCAACUUUGAUGUGACAGAUUCCUCACCUACAGAGGGCCUGCUGAUCAAUAAUAACUCCUAUGGUUUCUUGUCAUCAACUCACCUUCCACAAACUCCAGAAGAGCCUGAUGAGGUUAUUGCAGUAAAGAUGGAGGAGGAAGAGCAGGGUUCUAGUCUCCACUGAAAUAGCUGCUACAGCCCAGACACUUUCCGUCAGCAUUUCAGGCAUUUUCACUAUCAGAAUUCCCCUGGGCCCCGGGAGGCUCUGAGUCAGCUCCAAGAACUUUGUUGUUGUUGCUGGCUGAGGCCAGAGUUGUACUCCAAGGAGCAGAUCCUGGAGCUGCAGGUGCUGGAGCAGUUCCUGGCCAUCCUGCCCGAGGAGCUGCAGAUAUGGGUACAGAAGCACCAUCCUGAGAAUGGAGAGGAAGCUGUGAUUCUGCUGGAGCAAGUGGAGAGAGAGGCUCAUGGGCCAGCUGGGUCUUUUUUUGGACUAAGAAAGGCCGCAGCUGUGGAUGAGCUGGUAGCUUGGGAAAUCACUCCGAAAUUACCAAGAAGCCAGCGGAAGCCCUUGAAGCAGCCUCAGCGGCCAUCGUGGGAACUGCACCCCUUAAGCCAGCAUGAUGAAGACACCAAAACUAUAAAUGGGAAAUCUGCUUCAAGGAAGAAAACUUUCUCAGGUGUGGACCUGCAUUGUGAUGUUUCUAGCACAUUUCCUAUGAAUGCUUCCCCAAGUUUCACAUCUAGAGGAACCUGGGAGCAAGAUGGCAGGUUUGAAAGAAGACAGGGAAACCCCUCUCGAAGAAAACAACACAAGUGUGAUGAAUGUGGAAAAAUCUUUAGUCAGAGCUCAGCCCUUAUUUUACAUCAGAGAAUCCACAGUGGGGAGAAGCCAUAUGUGUGUGACCGGUGGGCGAAAGCUUUCAGCCAAAGUGCCAUUCUGAUUCAGCAUUGAAGAACUCACACUGGGGAGAAGCCCUUUAAGUGUCAUGAAUGAGACAAAGCCUUUAGUCAGAGCUCUAAUCUUUUCCGACAUCGAAAAAGACACAGGACAGAAAAAGUCCCAUCAGUGUGUCAUGAGGGAAUCAAAGCACAUACUCAGAGCUUUCGCAGAAUAAGAAAAGACAAGGGCGUAACUAGCCUGACGCCAGAUGACCAUGCAUUCUGCAAAUUCGCGGUGGCAUCCUCCUCCAAGCACCUGCUUGGCCUUGGUAAGGUAGAGCAUUGCAACAUUCGCAGCGGGAAGCGAAAUACAAGCUGCAUUCUGGUACAAAGCCUUGCCUCCCCUGACAAACCUGUAGUCCAUGGCAAGUUACACAUCAGUGCUUCACUUAUCUUGGCUGUGAAAUGGGCAAACUAA